UCCCGGCCUCGCUUCCUAGCGCUCCUGCGUGCAGCCCAGCUGCUCCGGGCGCUGGAGCAGGCAGGCGGUGCCUGGAGCCGCAGGCCCGUGACGUCGCCAGCGGCUGGGGGCCGCAUCCAGCAGUCGGCCUGUCCGUGCCCAGGCACCGCCUCAUGCAAACUGCUGAUGAGGAGACAAAGUCCAGCCCUGCGGCCACAGCCCCUGCCUGGAGCAGAGAUGGCAGCCAGGCUCGGCCGGAGGCUGGGCACGGCCCACGCCGCCUUGGGGCUGCCGAGCCGGCGCCUGGCGCAUCCCGGGGCCCGGGCCCAGCUGCAGCCAGAGUACGACGCCGUGGUGAUCGGCGCAGGGCACAACGGGCUGGUUGCUGCCGCCUACCUGCAGAAGUCGGGGGUGCGGACGGCCGUGCUGGAGCGACGCCACGUGUUGGGGGGUGCUGCAGUCACGGAGGAGAUCAUCCCAGGCUUCAAGUUCUCCCGAGCCUCCUACCUGCUCAGCCUGCUGCGGCCGCAGAUCUACAAGGACCUGGAGCUGCAGAGGCACGGCCUGAGGCUGCACCCCCGCAACCCCUACUCCUUCACCCCCGUGCUGGAGGCCCGGAGCCCCCCGCGCUCGCUCCUGCUGGGGCACAACGUGGCGGAGACGCAGCGCCAAAUCGCCCAGUUCUCCCCCCGGGACGCCGAGGUAGGGGAGCGCCGUGGUGGGGACCUCUGGCCCCUGCUGCAGGCCGGGCUGGUGCUGGGAAAGCAGCUGCCCCAGUCCUACCAGGUGCUCACGGCCCCCAUUUCCAAGGUCCUGGACCAGUGGUUCGAGUCUGAGCCCUUGAAGGCAACACUGGCGACCGAUGCGGUGAUCGGCGCUAUGGCCAGUCCACACACACCAGGCAGCGGGUACGUGCUGCUGCACCACGUGAUGGGCGAGCUGCAGGGGCAGCGGGGCGCCUGGGCCUACGUGGCUGGCGGCAUGGGAGCACUGUCCCACGCCAUCGCCUGCGCGGCCGCUGCCCACGGGGCACACAUCUUCACCGAGAAGCCCGUGGCCCGCGUGCUGGUGGGAGCCAACGGAGCAGCGUGCGGCGUGGCGCUGGGGGACGGGACGGAGCUGCGGAGCCGCCUGGUGCUAUCCAACGCCUCCCCGCAGCACACCUUCCUGCAGCUCACGCCCCAGGAGCAGCUGCUGCCGGCGUUUGUCCGGCAGGUCGGCCAGCUGGACACGCGCUCCCCCGUCACCAAGAUCAACGUGGCCGUGGCCCGGCUGCCCAGCUUCCUGGCUGCGCCCACCCCGCACGACGGGCGCCCGCAGCCCCAUCACCAGUGCUCCAUCCACCUCAACUGCGAGGACGUGGCUCUGCUCCACCGGGCCUUCGAGGACGCCGGCCAGGGGCAGCCCUCCACCCGGCCCGUGAUCGAGCUGUGCAUCCCGUCGGUGCUGGACCCCUCGCUGGCCCCCCCGGGCUGCCACGUGGUGUCUCUCUUCACCCAGUACACGCCGUACACACUGGCUGGCGGCCGGCCCUGGGGCGAGCAGGAGCGAGAGGCCUACGCCGACAGGGUGUUUGACUGUGUCGAGGCUUACGCCCCCGGCUUCAAGGCGUCCGUUGUCGGCAGGGACGUGCUGACCCCGCCGGACCUGGAGAGGGUCUUUGGGCUGCCCGGAGGGAACAUCUUCCACGGAGGGAUGUCCCUGGACCAGCUGUACUUCGCCCGCCCGGUGCCGUCCUACGCGGGCUACAGGUCCCCCAUCCCCGGCCUGUACCUGUGCGGCAGCGGAGCGCACCCUGGAGGGGGCGUGAUGGGAGCCGCGGGCCGCAACGCCGCCAGCGUGGCCCUGCAGGACUUCAAGCAGAAGUGACCGCGACCCCCAGGCCCUGCCCCGGCCCUGCCCAGGGCAGUGCUGCUCCCACGCUCCGCCAGGCCCCUGCCCAUCCACGCCAUGGUGGCCCAGGGGCCGUGACGGGCAGGGGGGAGAGCUCCAGCCAGGGA